GCGAGAGUUUGGGCGAGAGCGUCGAGCGAGGCCAGUGAGCGAUCAUGAGACGCGGAGGAGGUCACCACAGCACUGGGGCGAGAUCUGUCAGAUUGCUGUAUCACUGGGCAAGACUUUGGCGACUCUCUGGCGGCCCUCUGGUCAACCCCUUGUCGACACUGGCGAUACUCUCAGCCCUUCUCAGCCUCGUCAGCCGUCCGCUCGAGCCCGACCACAAGAUCUGUCGCUUCCAGCCUUUGGUGCUGGCUCAUCGGCAACUUUGAUGAGUCGUAUUAUGUCUCGCACUUUGCGACGAGGCUUCGCUAGGAUGAGAAGUCCCCAGGACUGCCUCCGCUAUGGGUCNACGAACACUUGCGCUGGAUUGCCGAUGUCAGUUCGCGGACNUUGCGUGCAGCGGUUGGUUUCUAGUGACCUGGCCAACACUGCACGUGAAAGAGAUCUGCAUCAGUUCUGCCAUGUGCCUCCCCUCCUCGACCGC